UUCCCUUUGUCACCCCUUGAACCAAGAUCCUCGAUUCGUGGGCAAUAAGAAUUAUGAAGAACUCAGACACAAUGGGAUAGCAGGAAGGAUAUUCUGAGGAUAUGCUGUCCUGGAUGAUCUAAUGGCGGACUGUCAGUUAGGAGAUGACCAAUGGCUGGAGGGGAAGGCCGUGUUGAAGGACCGGACAGUCCUCCAUGACUACAUAGCAGGAGCCAUUGGAGGUGGCGCUGGAAUGGUAGUUGGUCAUCCCUUUGACACAGUGAAGGUGCUGCUGCAGAUCGAGGGAGGCAGGGAUCGCUACAAGAAUAUCCUGGACUGUGUCAGGAGUGUCCACACACAAUCAUUGUCAAAGGGUUUCUUCCGUGGUUUGUCAUGGCCCCUGCUGUCCAAUGUCUGCCUCAAUUCCAUCUUCUUUGGUGUGUAUGGGAGCUGUCUCUCUCUUUGGUCACCAGGGGAGUCCUCACAACGCAGCGCCACCUACUAUUUGACAAUCUUAGCUGCAGGUUGUGUUGCAGGUGCUGUUCAACUGCCUCUGUCAUGCCCCAUAGACUCACUGAAGACUGUACUACAGUCUCAAAUACCCCACGCAGUGAGUGACAAGCAAGAUACACACAAAAAAUUCCACCGUGGGCCAAUUGCUGCAGCUAUGGACAUUAUCCGUCUUCGAGGGAUACAAGGCUUAUACAGAGGGCUAAGUGCACAGGCCUUGAGAGACAUCCCAGCCAGUGGUAUUUACAUGAUGACUUAUGAACUACUGACACACACAACCACCAGUGUGAUGCCCACAGUUCCAUCUCAGGUCGUCAACUUUUUCUCUGGAGGACUCAGUGGUAUAAUCAGCUGGUUCUGUAUUCUACCUGUUGAUGUAGUCAAGAGCCGGAUACAAGCAGACCCAGAGAGGCGCCUGUACAGAGGAUUGUGGGAUUGUGCCACAAAAAGUUAUAAAACAGAUGGAGGGAAGAUAUUUUUUAAAGGUGCUGUGGUAAUGAGUCUAAGGGCCUUUCCAGUCAAUGCUGUCAUCUUGAUGGUGUAUUCUGAAUGUCUAAAAUUGUCCAAACAGUACCUGUGAGUUUUGAUGCUGUAGCUUGCCUGAAACGUUAGUCCAAAAACCAGAAUCUCUGAAUUUAUUCCCUUCCCAGUCAGUAAAUUUAGUCCCAAUUUAAUUCAUAUCCUGCCCAGAAACAAUGAAAUUAGUUCAAAACCUGGAACCAGAGACCAUAUCAUAGAUUAUUCUAUUAUCUGGUCUCUCAGCGGCUUGAACCCAAUUCAUUCCCUACCUGGGACAGUGCAUUUAAUUACUGGUCUUCAUACAACUUGAGAUGUGAUGUGAGAUGAAAGUCAAGAUUUAUCUCCCAUUAAAUACUAAUUAAAAGACUCGAAGUCCAGGGCCCUGGGUCCUCAGUUGAAAGGACCAUAGGGUUGUAGUGCCCAACUCUGUCUAAAUAUAGCACAAUUCUAAAUAUAGAUCACCACAGCAAGUCUACUUAAUAAAGUCUACUUUACACAAGGAACAUUUCAACACAAUGCUUUUCACUGCCAUAUAACACAAUGAAAUGGCUGGGUUGAUGGGGCUGACCUUAAAUGUACAUGAUUCCAACUUUAUAAAAAUAAAACAUACUAUCAUUAUAAUCCAUUGCUGUGCUGCAAUGAUUUCGACAUUGAUCUUAUUUUAAUUAUGUUCUCAAUGUUGUGUUCACAUAUUACUUAGUCUUUCCAUGUGGUUGUGAAAAUUAUGGUAAUUAUUUGGUUUGUCGGUGACAUCACAUUUUGUUGUAUAUUUUCAGGUUGACCUGUCACUGCUUAUUUUCAGGUUGAGUUUUUUAUCUUCAUGUUGCUGUGAUAUUGGAACUGUUUGUUUUUUGUCCUCUAGUCACACAAAUCGUUUGAAAUGUAUGAUCUCAUGAGGCAAAUAUUCAAGAAUAAAUCAGUUGAACUAUA